AUGAAAAAAUUGUUCGCCCCGCUGGCUACGCAGCGUAUGCGCAACAUUUCCUCAAACACUCGCCUGUCUCACGCAGCGCAAACAGCAACAACAACAACAACAACAACAUGGUUCGCUCAGGCACUGGAUUACGAUUGCGAGAUGCAGGGCCAGCAGGACAUACCGCAGGCCAUACAGCUGCUGGGCGAGAUGAACAGCAAUGUGAAGCAGGUGACGGAUCUGGUCGAGGGCAUGCUGCAGCGCGUCAAGCGGGGUGAGCUGAGCACAGAGUAUGGCCUGAGCUUUCUGGAGGUCAAAUAUCACAUGCUGCUCGACUAUUUGAUCAACCUGACGUAUGUGGUGCUGCGCAAGUGCUCCGGCGAGACCAUUGAGGGCGAUCCCUCCAUUGAGCGCCUGAUUGAGAUACGCACGGUGCUCGAGAAGAUCCGGCCCAUUGACUAUAAGCUGCGCUAUCAGAUCGACAAGCUGGUGAAGACGGCGACCACGGGCGUUUCGAGCAGCACAGAUCCCAUACUCUACAAGCCGAAUCCGGAGGACAUGCUCAGUGCUGCAGGCGCUGAUGGUGAGGCGCACGAGGGCGAUGGGGCAGCCAGCGAUAGUGACGAGGAGGAGGAGGAGGACGAUGAGGAGGGAGCAGGCGCUGCGAAAAAGCCACGCAAAGCGGCCACAGCUGGCAAAUCGGGCAUCUAUGUGCCGCCACGCAUCAAGCCUGUCUACUACGAUGGCGAUGAGCGCGAGGCAGACAAGGAGAAGAAGGCCCUGGAUCGUGCCAAGAAGCGGGCCAUCACUUCAUCGAUGCUGCAGGACUUGAAGGAGGAGUAUUUGGAUGCGCCCACAGAGCUGUCGUCGGGCUCGCGCGCCCAGCAGCUGCUCUCGCAGGCGCAGAAGGAGAAGCAGGAGUACGAGGAGACCUACUUGAUGCGUCUGCCAGUGACCAAAGCCGAGAAGCACCGUCAACGCAAGCUCACCACGUUGGGCACUCUGGGUGAUGAGAUACUGGGCGAGAUAAACCGCGAGUCGGCGCUGCGCGGCGACGGCUCAAGCAGAAAACGCAAGUUGGCCAAGACACGCGGCAAGGGCAAGAAACGUGGCGGCAAAAAGCGAAAGUUCCAUUAAUACAGCGACGCCCAAACGG